GUCUAACUCGGAACGAACAAAUCAUACUUCGGGUUUAGGGUUUAUUUGCAGUUCACAAUCAACGUAACACUAGCGCUCGAUCGCUCAUCUUCUUCCUUCCAUAGCUGAAUUUCUGUUCGGAAUGGCUGCACCACCUUCCGCCCUUGAUAAAGAACAGAUUUUUGGAAUGGCUGAAAAGGAGAUGGAAUACAGGGUCGAAUUGUUCAACAAGAUGACCCAGACCUGUUUCAACAAGUGUGUUGAGAACAGGUACAAGGAGUCUGAGCUAAAUAUGGGUGAAAAUAGUUGCAUUGACCGCUGUGUUUCAAAAUAUUGGCAUGUUACUAAUUUAAUUGGUCAGCUGCUUGGUUCUGGGAGGCCUCCAAUGUAAACCAAUUAUACUGCUGCUUGAGCUUUCUUUUGUGGUUAGCUCUGUCUAAGCUACCACUACAUAUUAGAAGUUGCUGCCUGAGGAAAAAGCCUAAAUUGAAUAUUCUGUGAGCUUGAGAUAGCCCUUGGUAAACUCUAGAAAUAAAUUUUCAGUUAAUUAAGUUCAUUCUUUCUUUCUGAAUUUUUUACUUUUAGGCUUCACCACAGUUUAUCGUGGUGUUAACUUUA